UUCCAAUUUGUAAAAAAUGGCGUUUUCGUUGAAUUGGUUGACAAGUACAAUUUAGCGCAAAAGUUUUUAAUCUUUUGUCCUUCUACCAGGAAAAAAAUAAACCUUAAAUUAUACCAGACAAUUUAUUAAUUGGAAAAUUAAUAUUUCCAUGAAAUAUGGAUGGACCACAGCCGCCCAGAGAUUCUAGCCUGCGGAAUAUAAUUGAUAAACUCGCAGAGUUUGUUGCCAGAAAUGGCCCAGAAUUCGAGCAGAUUACCAAACAAAAACAGAAAGGCAAUCCCAAAUUUGAUUUCUUGUACGGCGGUGAAUACUGUAAUUACUAUGAAUGGCGUGUAGCAGCGGAACAAACCUUUUUGAAACAACAAGGCUCAAUCUCACAGGCAACCCAUCAUUACCUUCAGCAAGGCGGCCCACAACAGCAGCUACAGCAACAGCAGCACCAACAACAGCAAGCACAGCAACAACAUAAUUUCCAUGAUAAUCAAAACAUGCCCAUAUCUGGACAGCAACAACAGCAUCAUGGGUUUCACGAUAAUCAUAAUAUGGCCCCAGUUGUCGCUCAGCAGCAAAUGCCUAUAAGCGGUGUAGUCGGUGGUGGUGGUGGAGGUGGUGUUAACUACAACAACCAACAGCAGCAAUCAAAUCCCGCGAGCCUCUGGGGCAAUGGACACUCUGGUCCUGUGAAUCAGACAAACAAUCCUAACCCAAUGACUAUCACCGCUCAGAUUGAAGCCAUCAACCUGCAACAGAAUAACUUGAGAAAACAGAUCCACCAGUCGGAGCAGAAUCUAUCCGCUCAGCACUCGGCUUUGAUGCAGCAACAACAAAAACAAAUUGACGAAGCAAUUGAAGAUGCACAAAAUAAUAGCUUAGAAGAGCAAGCAGCUGAAAAUAAUAUAUCACUGAUUGAUUUUGAUGAUGUUCUACAACCAAUAAUUGAUGCAUGCACCAAAGACAGUAUAUCAGCAGGCAAAAACUGGAUUUUACAGCAUUCAUCCGACACCGCUAAAAACAAUGUCGUAUUGCAAUAUCUCUUAAAGAAGGCAUUGCUUAAUGGAGCAACAUUUACGCAAAAAUUACAUCUUAUAUACUUAGUAAAUGAUAUUCUGCAUCAUUGUGUAAGGAAAAAUGCAAAUGAUCUGAAGAACAGCUUGGAGAAUGUUGUGAUACCAAUGUUCUGCAGCGCCCAGUUAAUUGCUAGCAAUGAUCAAAAAGGUAAACUAAGUAAGUUGCUUUCGUUAUGGGAAUCAAAGGCGAAAUUCUUUGAUGCAUGCGUUAUUUCAAAAUUGGGGUCGCCCGAUUCCUCGAUGCAUGAAUAUAAGACAAAUCUGAUGAAUAUGCAUCGUGAUAUUGUAAGCAACUUUACUCAAUCAACAAAGUCAACAUUAGAAGGGUAUCAACAACAACAUCAGAUAUUUAUUCAACAUGCAACACAACAAAUCACAGUCCUCGAGCAACAAAAGCAAGCUCUUGAGCAGAAAAUAAUCGCUGCUGUGUUGCCCAAUGCGGCGAUCAUACAACAACUAAUUGAUCCGAAACAACUUCAAACGUCGGCGAACAAUUUGAUGCAAAAUAAUGACCUCAUCAGUAAUUCUUCCAUCAGAAAUCCAUCACCUCAACCAUUGAUGGCGCAAAAGGUUCAGAUGCCAAUUGAGCCAGCAAUCGCCUAUGGUAAUCCUCCCAAUCCGGGCCCUGAAAACAAUAACCAACCACUGUUUGGGAACCCCUUUAACAGUCAGCCAGUCCAUAAAAAUCCAUUCUCACAAUUCAGUAAUGCAGCGAUUGGAAGCAAUAACAAUGGAGGAGGUGUCCUAGGUAAUAAUGCUAAUUCUUCUAGUGGCCCCGCAGCCCCCAUGCAACAUCAUAAUCCUUUCGCGAGCAUAACAUCGUCUAACUCGACUGGAAAUGAUAGCAACGAUUUUGUGGCAACAAUAGCUAGCUUCUUUAUACCAGAUUUGUCGAAACCUCCGCCGGGCUUUAUGACUCCCAGCGGUGGACCUCAAGUUCAAUUGCCACCAGAAGCCGUCCAGAAUAUAGCCGCGCUUCCAAUAAUGGAAGAGGAUCCAAAACCAACAGCUCCGUAUUAUGAUUUACCAGCAGGCCUAAUGGUUUCAUUGAUUCGAUUGGAAGACUAUAGCUAUAAGCCGUUAGAUCCAGAAGAGAUGCGGUUGCCACCGCCAACACCUCAAAGCGAGAGGCUGAGAACUGCACUAACAGCUUUUAUUGCUCCUCCAAGCCAUGAUCGUCCGAGAGAUAAUGAUGGCUGGGAGAAACUAGGCUUAUAUGAGUAUUAUAAGGUAAAGAACGCUGCUAAAAAACAAAAGGAAGAAGAGCUUAAUGACGGCACACGUGAACCAUCUCGUUCGCCAAGUCCAAUUGUACUGGAGGCAGUAAAAACGAAGAAAAUAUCUAAUAAACGUUGUUAUCGAUCGAAGAGUAGAAGCCGUUCUCCGAGGUCGAAAUCACGAUCACCUCGACGUUCUAGAUCACGUUCCCGUUCGCCAUCAAUUCAGGAAAAGCCCAGAAGUCGAUAUGCAAAUAAUUCUAGAAAUCGAUCGCCAAGAAAAGUUUCACCGAUCAAGGAGCGAGAAAGGGAAAGAGAUCGUGAUAGAGAGCGAGAUUCACGUGAAAUUCGAGAAAGGGAAUCGCGAGACAGAGAAAAGGAAACCCGAGAAAGAGAUUCACGCGAUCGUAAUAAUACUCGCCGUGAGAGAGAGCGAUCUAUAACACCGCCAAGUUUUUUCAGUGGGGGUAGUUAUAAUAAAUCAAACGAAUUCAUUGAGGAGUCCAACAAGGGUCAUCAAAUGCUCAUGAAAAUGGGAUGGGCAGGAUCAGGAGCCGGCCUUGGUACGAAAAACCAAGGAAUCGAUGAACCUAUAUCUGGAGGUGAAGUAAGGGAAAGAAGAGAUAUGUAUAAGGGUGUCGGAAGCAACAUGAAUGAUCCCUUUGAAAAUUUCCGUAAAAACAAGGGUGCUGCCUUUGUGCAUCGUAUGCGAACCAGAGACGAAAAGAGCUAAACACAAAUUUUGAAGGACUUAGUAAAUAAAUUAUAAUUGUAUUUAAAUAGAUGUUCCCGUAUCGCUACUGAGAAAAAAAUUAACUAUAGUUUCACCUAGAUAUUAUGUACAUUUUAAUUGAAGGACAUUUAAAGUUAUACAAGGCAAAUCUUCGUUUAAAAAUACCUUUUAAUUAUUGUAUACAUAAUAAUAAUAAAUAUAUGGGUAUUUAUUUACCCACAGCGGAAAAUAAUUAA